CGGCAAUAAGCCAGGAGAGACAUAAAGAACUGUCCACCCCGAGCCAAAGGGAAGAAGAAGCAAUGUGUUUCAACCUGGAACCAAGCCAUUGGCGCCACAACCACAACCACAACCACUCACCACUGCAUUGUUUCAGUCUGACAAUUGCUGACUGACUGCGAUCCAUCAUUUAUACAAUCUACAUUUCCGUCAUGAGAAAUAUCCUCUCAAAUACUAUACUAAACUUUCUAUACUCGCAUAACAUUAUAUGAGAUCAUCAUCAUCAUGCUCCAUCGUACAAUCCCAAGGAUACUUACCACCACAACUACUACCGCAACUAUACUCAUGAUCCUCCUAAGCGCCCUCACCACCCUCACCACAGCCCAACAACAACAACAACCAAAAGCAACAGUAAUAGUCACCAUCAUAACAACCGCAACCGCAACAGCACCACAAACCACCACUACCACUACCCAAGAACCCCCCUCCUACACCUCCCCAGCUCUCUUCCAAUCCUCCAUCCUAGACGUCAGCAACACCUACCGCAAAGCCCACAACGCAAGCAACCUAAUCUGGAACACAACGUUAACUCAAUACGCCAUGAAUUGGGCACAGGAAUGUAAAUGGCAGCAUUCGAACGGCCCGUACGGCGAGAACCUCGCCUUCGGGUACCCCAACGUCUCGUCCGCCGUAGCCGCCUGGGGCGACGAAGUACAGAAAUACAAUUUCCAGGAGCCGACGGGGUUCACGGAGGAAACGGGUCAUUUUACGCAGUUGGUGUGGAGGGAGACGAGGGAGGUGGGGUGCGCGGCUAUUGAUUGGGGUGGGAUCAAUGGAACGGAGAGACCGCAAGGAUGGUAUGUCGUUUGUGAAUACUCGCCUAGGGGUAAUAUCAUUGGGGGGAAUAAGAAGUUGGGGGAUAAGGAGUUCUUUAAGAUUAAUGUGCAGCCGUCGAGUACUUAUUCUGGGCCGUAUAAUACGGGGUCCGCUGGGAAUGGGGCUCAGAGGGUUGAAUGUAUAAUGGGAGUAUGGUGGGUUGUGUUGGGGUGGUGGUUGGUGUUGUUGACUUUUGGAUAGUUCAAUUUUGG